AAAUUUGAUUUUCUAUCAAUUCUUUUCCGAGAGCAAAAUUGAUUUCGGGUCAUCUUUUUUUCUUCUCUAUUUUCUCAUCAUAAUUUCAACGCAAUUCCACAAUUAAUCAAUUGAUUUAUAUAUUUUUUGAAUAAUUAACACUCGGCGAUUCUAAUGAGACUAUUUAAUCAAUUUUCUGUUGUUUCUUUCAAAAUUUAUUCCAAGAUGUGACUCAGAAGAUCCAACCAGAAGGUAUCACAUAAAGUGUUUGGUAGUGAAACUCAUCAUUGAAAAGUGUGAUUUCCUUAAUUUGUUAAAUGGUCUCAUUGUGAGAGAAAUUUAAAUUAUCUGUUGAUUGUGAUUAGUGUAAAUUCAACUAACUAUUGGCUUGAUUGGAAUCUGAUCGAUUGAGAAUUGAAGUUCUAGUUCUUUGAAUUCUGGAAUCUAUUCAGUGAUUUUCUUUACUUUCUUCAUUCAAUUUCCAUUUUUUGUUACUUCUUUUUUAUUUCUAAUAGAUUUUUAGACCUGGCGGGUUGAAUCCAAUUGGUUUCGAGUGUUUCGAUUAAAGCGCAGACCAAAAAAUAUCUAGAGAAUAACAAAUAACAACCUAAUCUAUCUUAUUGUUGAUUCCUGAACGUUUCAUAUAACCAGACUCGGAAAUGAUUCUUAAAGUUUUUCUCAUCGUUCUACUUGCUAAUUUAUUCUCGUGUCAAAAGGGUCCCAAGGCUCGGUUGUCUUUUCUUCAUAAGCCAAAAAAUGGAGGUAAAACUGCUGUCGCUUGUUUGGUCGAUACUGGAGAAGCUCCUUUUGACUUUAAUUGGUACAAAGAUGAUCAACUAAUCACUAAUGAAGCUUCAUUUCGGAUCGAUAAACUUGGAGAUUCGUCUAUCCUCAAAAUAGAACCAAUGAAAUCUGAUCUUAAUGGAAAAUACUCUUGUAGUGUUAAAAAUUUGUUCGGUAUUGAUUCACCUUCUAUCGAGAUCGCUGUUGAAGGUUCACCUUCAUGGAGAUUCCAACAACCGAACAUAAAAGCGAAAAACAAAGAAACUGUUUCUCUGAAAUGUUCUGCCUCGGGUUAUCCUUUGCCGAAAGUUAUUUGGAAAAGAUUUGAUGGCUCUAACUGGAUUCCUUUAGGUGAUGAUCAGUCGAUAUUCAGAGUUUCACAUGAUGAGUUUAAGAUUGAAUCGAUUAACAAAAAUUUCCAGGGAAAAUAUGGUUGUGAGAUAUCAAAUGGAUUCGAACCAAAUCUUUGGAAUGAAUUUAUCAUUGAUAUUAUUGGUAAGAUAUUAAGGGAAAUGGUUUGUACUCUGGUAAUUCAGAGAUCGCGGUUUAAUUUUGUAAAUGAGACUUGAGCAGAGGCCUUUUCAUAUCGAUGUAAUUUAGAUUCAAUCGGUUGUUGAUUUGAACAGAAAAUUUUCUUACAGCAAAAUGAUUCAAAUCAAUUCUUUAACCCUUGUGAUCAUUCACAUUGUCUUACUUACUUGUAGUAAUACAAUUAAUUGUCAAAACGCUCCAAAGGCUGGCCAGAUAUCUUUAUUAUCUAAACCCAAGGAAGGAGGAACAGCAUCUUUUGCUUGUACAGCUGAGAUUGGCGAUAGACCUUUGAAUUUCAAAUGGUCCAGAGAUGGAGAAGUUGUAAUGAAAACAGAAACAAUCAGGAUUGAACAAUUAACUCGAGACUCAUCUUUAUUGGUGAUUGAUCCAUUUCUGCUAAACAAUGGAAACUAUUCUUGUGUAAUUAGUAACAAUUAUGGACAAGAUUCUACAUCUAUACUGAUUGGAAUCGAAGGAUCACCUAAUUGGAUUGAACAACCCAAUGAUUUAAAAGUUAAAUAUGGACAAUUAAUUGAUGUUAAAUGUCUUGUUUCUGGUUACCCGAAACCUAAAGUCCAAUGGAAAAAGUUAACUGGCUCAAUUUGGACUGAAAUGGAAUCAAUUAGUUAUGAAAUCGACAAUUCUGGACAACAUUUGAAAAUUUACAAUUCCACUCGAAACAAUCAAGGUAGAUAUGGAUGCUCUGUCUCGAAUGGUAUUCAACCUGAUCUAUGGACAGAAUUUUCCAUAACCAUUGAAGAUUGUUUGGUUCAAGAAUAACAAAGAAAUUCAAGAUUCGAUAGAAACCAGGAUUCGUAAUAAUGAGGACUCAUCAAUGUUAAUCAUUGAUUCAAUCAAAUCAAGUCACUCUGCUAAUUAUACAUGUAAAAUCUCAAAU